AUAAGAACCACAGAAAGUUACAGGAUAGUCUACAAAGCCUACCAAAAAGAAAUCCUAGAAAGGGAAUACAGUGUGAAGGAAUUCAUUUCUCCGGAUGAUCAGAAUCGGAUCGCAAAAGAGACCGGAUUGGAUACUAAACAGGUAAAAAUAUGGUUUCAAAAUAGGAGGGCCAAAACUAGGAAAGAAAAAGGCAAAAUA